GAAAAAUUUUUCCAUCAGACAGGAAAAAAUUUUCCAUCAGACAGGAAAAAAUUUUCCAUCAGACAGGAAAAAAUUUUCCAUCAGACAGGAAAAAAUUUUCCAUCAGACAGGAAAAAAUUUUCCAUCAGACAGGAAAAAAUUUUCCAUCAGACAGGAAAAAAUUUUCCAUCAGACAGGAAAAAAUUUUCCAUCAGACAGGAAAAAAUUUUCCAUCAGACAGGAAAAUAUUUUCCAUCAGACAGGAAAAAAUUUUCCAUCAGACAGGAAAAAAUUUUCCAUCAGACAGGAAAAUAUUUUCCCGACAACUGGAAAAAUUUUUCCUUCCGACAGGACACAAACGAAUGUCCGACGUACCACCAACCGAGUCCAUUCCAAAGCCAGAAGAACCGACAGCCCCAGCACCACAACAGACUUACUAA